AUGCGAGCGGAUCUGAUGCGGCGCCCGGGAGAUGGCGAGGUGGAGGAAGAGGGCGCCGAGAAGGGUCGCUGUAAAGGAGGAGGAGGGCGCGGGGAGGAGGGCCGGUGCGGAUCUGGCCGGCGUAGGGCUGGGCAGCGGUCCGGCGGUGGCAGUGGCGCGGAUCUGGCGCGCUGCCGCCACGAGGGCCCGAGUUCCGCCCCGUGCUGCUCCUGGCCUGGCGCGGAGGUGGGCGCCGCAAAGGGCGGCGUCGGCACUGCACUGGGCGGCGAGUGGAGGGCGUCGAGGGCACUGAUGGGCCGCGCUGGAUCUGGGAGGGCUGCGCUUGCUGGAGCAGGGAGGCUCCAGCCGUGGUAG